GCGGUGGCCUUGCGGAUGGGUGGGAGGGCGGGCGCCAGCCGCGUUGAUCGCCCCCACCCCACCCAGCCUUCACCUUGCCAGGAUCCGCUCACCGACACAGAACCGGGGGUUUGGAGCGGAUUUAUUUUUUAAACAUUUUUUCCAGCUACCACAUCCCGCCUCCUCCCCCACCCACUCCCCCCUCACGGUCCCAGCUCCCCGCACAUAUACCCUGCGCAUACACACGCGCGCACACACACACACACACACACACACACUCGCCGGGCGCUCGCAGACACACACUCCCUCCCUCCGGCGCUAUACCCCUCUCCCGCCAGCCGCGCACGCAGCCGUCGCCCGGCGCCCCGCGCCCGCCGCCGCCGCCGAGCGAGGCCAGGCUGGGCUUGGAGCUGCUCAUGGAGAAAGUGCCCAGCGAGAUGGAGAUCGAGCGCAGGGAGUGGAGUGAGGAGCUGUCCGAGGCGGAGAGAAAGGCGGUGCAGGCUACGUGGGCCCGGGUGUACGCCAACUGCGAGGACGUGGGGGUGGCCAUCCUGGUGAGGUUUUUUGUGAACUUUCCCUCUGCCAAGCAGUACUUCAGCCAGUUCAAACACAUGGAGGAGCCGCUGGAAAUGGAGCGAAGCCCCCAGCUGCGGAAGCACGCCUGCCGCGUCAUGGGGGCCCUCAACACCGUGGUGGAGAACCUGCACGACCCCGACAAGGUGUCCUCCGUGCUGGCACUCGUGGGCAAAGCCCAUGCCCUCAAGCAUAAGGUGGAGCCCGUGUACUUCAAGAUCCUCUCUGGGGUCAUUCUGGAGGUGAUGUCCGAGGAGUGUGCCAGUGACUUCCCACCAGAGACGCAGAGAGCCUGGACCAAGCUGCGUGGCCUCAUCUAUAGCCACGUGACCGCUGCCUACAAGGAAGUGGGCUGGGUACAGCAGGUCCCCAACACCACCACCCCACCCACCACGCUGCCCUCUUCAGGGCCAUAGGACCCCUCCCAGCUCCCCUCUCCCUGGCAGCACCUUGAGCAGAAGGCUGAGUUCUGAAGACCCUCCUUGACCCUUCAUUUCUGGGUGCCAAGGAAGCUGGAGGAACCCCGACUCGUCUUCCCCGAAGGAGGCGUCCGCCACGUCCCCUGAGCUGCCAGGAGACGGCAGUGGCUGCCCAGAUGCUGACCCCAGCGCAGCAGGGCGGGCAGGGACCCUUCCACCUUGCAGAGUGGGGCCCACUCUUAGCUUUUCUACUCACUAUUAGAGAAGGACCUAGCUGAGCGGCCGGCAGGAAGCGAGGCAGGGCUGUGAGUCACUCGGGAACGAACUAGCUCGUUUCAUCAUGCCGCCCAGCAUGCAGGUCUACACCUCACCAUCUAGAGCAUCCUGCACAUGUCUCCCAUAUAUUCUACAGAUAUAUUCUCUAUACAAUCUAUAUAAAUAUAAAUAUAUAUAUAUAUAUAUAUAUACACACACACACGUGCAUAUCUAUACUGUGUGUCUGAGGCCUGGGACCCUCCGUCCCACCCACUAAUGUGUGUGGCCAGGGGGUCCCGGUCACCCUUUGCACAAAGUGUUCUGGAGCAGGUAGAGUCCACAGCAGCACAAAGGAUCAGCCUGGAUUGCAGAGUUGGGGCGACCCAACUGCCCGGCUUGCCACAUUCCUGCUGACUUGUCCUAGAACUGGCAAAAGGGCAGACCAAGGGGCCCUUCAGAAGCUUCCCGCUGGGGGACCACUGGGGCAGGGACCCCAGUAAAGAAGCCUGGAAUGCCAGCCUGUCUGCUGGCCCCGGGGGCAGUUCUGAGGGUUGCAGGAGAGGCACAGGGCCUCCCUGUCUCUCCCUGCCCUCCUCGGGCUGCCAGUUGGUCCUGUGGCCCAUCUGCAUUGGCCUCGCUGGGCAACCCCUUUGUGUGCCCCUUGGUCACAUGCAUCGUCCUGGAGGGAGUUCUGCUGCUGUGACUACUGUGCCUGCACCCCUCCUGUCCAUCCUCACGCUGUCAUCGUGCAACUGCUGUCUUCCUUUUGUAGUUUCUGAUGUUUGUAACCAGACCCAUCUGUGUCAUUAAACAGACCCGUUCUUCCUGUA